AACGACAAUGUUUGCCAUAGUUUUUGCUUUCUGCAUCCUAGUCGCCACUGCAAAUGCUGGUGCAAUUUCAAUUAUCGAUGGAGGAAUUGGUGGAUUUGGAGAAAUUGGUAAACUUGGCGGACUUGGUUUGGGAUAUGGUGGGAUAGGUCUAGGAGGAGGGCAUGGUAUUGCAAUCGCUAGGCCAGCAGUUGUAGACUAUCACGCCCCAGCUCACUAUGAGUUCAAAUACGGAGUGGAAGAUGCCCACACAGGUGACAACAAGCAACAAGCUGAAGUUAGAGUCGGUGACACUGUCAAAGGAGAGUACUCUUUGGCGGAAGCAGAUGGUACCAUCAGAGUUGUGAAAUAUACUGCCGAUCCACACAAUGGAUUCAACGCUCAAGUAAGCAGGAUUGGACAUGCUGCCCAUCCACAGAUUGUUGCUACGCACGGUUUGGGAUUAGGACUGGGACAUUAUUAGAGGGAUAUUUUUUGAGUAUUUGCUGUAAAUAUGACUGCCAUUGCUUUUCAUCGAAUCAUGAUU